AUGCAAAGGCUAGCCAGGAAAGCGCAACAAGCGAAAGCUCGGGUAGCCCAGGGCAUCACAUUUCGACGACAUCCGCACCCCAACGGAAAACUCGCAUUCGAGGCCGAGGAAAUGAUCGAAGCAAGAAUGUCUCUUCUCCGCCUAGUUCAAAGAACCUACUUCAAGGAAGAAUACGACAAUAAAUGCGAGAACAUAAAAAAGAGCAACCAGCUCUAUCUAUACAACCCAUUCCUCGAGGAGGACGGGCUUAUCCAUUGCAGGUCUCGACUAACAUGGUCAACACACCUCUCCGAGACUCAAAAGAACCCCAUCAUCCUCCCAGGGAGCUGCUAUCUGUCUAAACUCAUAGUCCAACACAUUCACGAAAGGCAAUGUUUCCACUCAGAGGGGAAGAACGCAGUGCUCCAAAUGCUACGUCAAGACUUCCUGCUAAUCCAAGCCAGGAAAAUUGUAAGACAGGUGAUCAAUUCAUGCGCCACCUGCAGACUUUUCCACGGCGAGGCUGCGAGCCUACGAACUCCACCUCUACCAUCAUUCCGCCUCGAGGAAGCCCCACCGUUCACGAAUACAGGCUGCGACUUCGCAGGCCCCUUCAGAUACAAGAAAGAAUCAGUAGAAGUGGGAAAAAGCUACAUACUCUUGUUUACAUGCAGCGUCAGCAGGGCAAUUCAUCUGGAACUAACAUACGAUCUUCCCACGGUAGAAGUCCUAGGGGCAUUGCAAAAAUUCAUCAACCGCUUUUCCGCAGUGCGUACAAUUACAUCAGACAACGAACUAUCCCUCCAGAGAGCGGCCAAAGAGCUCAGAGUUCUAUACGAACAUAUUCGAAGCGACCAAGUCAGGAAAUUCGUAGCCGACGCCUUCAUCAAAUGGAAAUUCAUAACACCCAGCGCACCGUGGUUCGGGGCCUUCUAUGAACGUCAAGUCCAAGCGAUCAAGCGACCAUUACGCAAGAUCCUGGGGUCAGCUAUUCCGCAUUCCAGGGAUCUGGAAAUAAUCAUUAGCGGUAUCGAAACGAUGGUUAACAGCAGACCAAUCACAACCGUCGCCUCUGGGGCGGAUGUGAUCGAAGCCCUAACCCCCGCCGAUCUUCUAUCCGGAUACAGAGGCGGCACAUUCAUCUCAGAUCACAAAGCGAAACCCCAGAAGCGCAUCGAUCAAGAAAUAUCAGCAACGAAUGCUCAGCGCAUAUUGGAAACGAUAUCAAGACGAGUAUCUGAAAACGGCGCGCAAACAAACACCAACAAGGGCUAG